GUCAUCUCCAGCGCUUUACGUGAUGGACUCGGAGUAAAGUUAGUUGGUCCCCUGUUGGGCUAAGAAACUGUGGGGAAUAAGACACCUGCCUCCAGGAGCCUUUUUCUGCCUGGUCCAUAGUUUGGGAUACCGCUACUCUAAAAACUUUGAGAUGAGGUGAGGCCACACAGUGAGGCCGCCAAGGUGGCGCUUGGAGAAGAGUGUGGCCCGCCGGCUGUGGGCAGUGGGACUCGGGGCCCUCCGCCAGAAGACAGGUGUUCAGGGCCGGAGGGGCAUCUGAGUUCUACGUACAGCUCCGUAGUCUCAUCGUGGCGGCUUUCUAACUUCUCCGGUGGAGGGUAGGGACUCACACAUUUUUGGAAGCCUCUUCUCUUGGGGGGUUGAACCCAGCUUUCAAGAAUAGUUGCAGCAACGUUUAUAAAUUGGAUGGAAAUAAUGAUGGAACAUGACCUAUCAUCAGGCCCCAUGUGGAUCAAACACAGCCCAAGCCAGAAUGAACUAAAAAGGAUUCUAAAACUCUAGCCAGCACCAGGGUAGGCAGCAGUAGAUGAAGAAGGAUAAGAAGCUGUGAUGACCCCGAGAUGAAUGGCAUGGGAAGGUGGCAAGAGAAUAGUUUAUGAUCAGGCCUAGGCUGGGGAACUGGAGCCAGGGCUGCCCCAGGCCAAGGGCUGGAAGAACGGAAAGAGCUCAUCGGUUUGUUUGAAGGCAGACAAGCUGUACAGGCAGCUUUUCCCAGACUCUCCCAGCUCCGGCUUUUCAUGCAUACCAGCAGAGCCGCUUUUUUCCUCCAGUGAUUGAAACCAUCUGGACUGCAGGGGGGUCACGUGUGUAUGAGAAAAUGACAUAAAGUUUCAGAUCCCCUUGUGUUUUGCUCCAGACCCAGACAAUUCUUGUUCGGAUGGUGCCGAGCCCGGCCACAGCCCCGGGCGGGCGCGGAUGCCUGCCCGACCACCGCCCUCUCUCCCGGAGCGGCUCCUCCUCCGGGCUGCGCGGCUCCAGACAAGCCCCCAUCAGUGCGAGCACCCAGCCUGGCUGGAGAACUCUAGAGGACUGCACAAAGAAGGAGCUUAAGAAGAGCCUGUUGAAUGCAUGGAGUGAAGUAAAGGCUUCCUGGACUCUGCUGGCUUGUCUGAGAGUUCCACUGUGACUACGUAGAUACAAGCGUCCUUUUCAUUUAUCUGGAAGAUGAGAGACUGCUUGGGUAUCAGCAAUAGUACCAUGGGUCCCUGCACUGGUUAAAGCCAUCACCACAACCUGGGCAGGCAGCAAGGGCUCUGGGUUUUCAGAAAGCCGAAAUGACCAUGACUGCCAACAAGAAUUCCAGCAUCACCCACGGAGCUGGAGGCACUAAGGCCCCUCGGGGGACUCUGAGCAGGUCUCAGUCAGUCUCUCCACCUCCAGUUCUCUCCCCACCAAGGAGUCCCAUCUACCCAUUCAGUGAUAGUGAAACGUCAGCCUGCAGGUACCCAAGCCGCUCCAGCUCCCGGCUGCUCCUCAAGGACUGGCACCCCCGUGAUCUUUCACCCCCAAAUCCUCAAGCUCACUCCCCAGACACUUCACCACCCAUCUGUCCUCUCAAGGCCACCAACUUCAGUUAUUUGGACAGAAGCCCUUCAGUGUGCAAGAGAGAGGACCAGAAGGAGGAUGUCCAAGGGGCAGCCCAGGAUGUAGAGGGAGUAGCUGCUUGCCUCCCCCUUGCCCAGAGCACCCCAUCCCUGGGGCCAGGAACCGGCUCACGGAGCUCCUUUCUGAACCGCACUGGCAACCGUGCCCAUAGCCUGGGCAUCCGGGAGAAGAUCUCAGCAUGGGAGGGUCGCCGAGAGGCUUCGCCCAGGAUGAGCAUGUGUGGGGAGAAGCGGGAGGGCUCUGGGGGCGAGUGGGCGGUCAGUGAAGGCUGUCCCAGCGUGGCGCCAUCCCCCUGCAGCUCAGAAAAAACCUUCGAUUUCAAGGGCCUCCGGAGGAUGAGCAGGACCUUCUCAGAGUGUUCCUACCCUGAGACCGAGGAGGAGGGAGAGGCGCUCCCUGUCCGGGACUCUUUCUACCGGCUAGAGAGACGGGCAGGCCGGAGUGAGCCCAGUGCCUUCCUCAGGGGGCAUGGCAGUAGGAAAGAGAGCUCAGCAGUGCUGAGUCGGAUCCAGAAAAUUGAACAGGCCCUGAAGGAGCAGCCAGGCCGGGGACUCCCCCAGCUCCCCAGCAGCUGCUACAGUGUAGACCGAGGGAAAAGGAAGACUGGGACCUUGGGAACCUUGGAGGAACUGACAGGGAGCACGAGUGUGAGCACUGGCAACCGGGCAGGAGGAGUGGCUGGAGUUGGGGGGGAGGCAGGCCCACCCCUGGAGAGAGAAGGCAGUGGCUCCACUAAGCCAGGGACCCCGGGAAAUAGCCUGAGCUCCCAGCUGCUGCCAUCAAAGAGCUCCCUUGAUCCCGCUGUGAAUCCUGUUCCCAAACCCAAGCGCACCUUUGAAUAUGAGGCUGACAAGAAUCCCAAGAGUAAGCCAAGCAAUGGUCUACCUCCUUCGCCCACACCUGCUGCUCCACCCCCCCUGCCCUCCACCCCAGCCCCACCAGUCACCCGGAGACCCAAGAAGGACACACGUGGUCACCGCAAGUCCCAGAGCAGAAAAUCCUUUGAGUUUGAGGAUGCAUCCAGUCUCCAGUCCCUGUACCCCUCUUCUCCCACUGAGAAUGGUACUGAGAGCCAACCCAAGUUUGGAUCCAAAAGCACUUUAGAAGAAAAUGCCUAUGAAGAUAUUGUGGGAGAUCUACCCAAGGAGAAUCCAUACGAGGAUGUGGACUUAAAGAGCCGAAGAGCAGGACGAAAAUCCCAGCAACUGUCUGAAAACUCCUUGGACUCUUUGCACAGGAUGUGGGGUCCUCAGGACAGGAAGUACAACAACCCACCCACUCAGCUGUCCCUGAAACCCAACAGCCAGUCCCUGCGCAGUGGGAACUGGUCAGAAAGGAAGAGCCACCGGCUGCCACGAUUACCCAAAAGGCACAGCCAUGACGACAUGCUGCUGCUGGCUCAGCUGAGCCUGCCGUCUUCACCCUCUAGCCUUAAUGAGGACAGCCUCAGCACCACAAGUGAGCUGCUGUCCAGCCGAAGGGCCCGCCGCAUUCCCAAGCUUGUCCAAAGAAUUAACUCCAUCUACAACGCCAAGAGGGGAAAGAAGAGGUUAAAAAAGCUGUCUAUGUCCAGCAUUGAGACAGCAUCACUGAGAGAUGAGAAUAGUGAGAGCGAGAGCGACUCUGACGACAGGUUCAAAGCCCACACACAGCGCCUAGUCCACAUCCAGUCGAUGCUGAAGCGUGCGCCCAGCUAUCGGACCCUGGAGCUGGAACUGCUCGAGUGGCAAGAGCGGGAGCUUUUUGAGUACUUUGUGGUGGUGUCCCUCAAGAAGAAGCCAUCUCGAAACACCUACCUCCCUGAAGUCUCCUACCAGUUUCCCAAGCUGGACCGACCCACCAAGCAGAUGCGGGAGGCAGAGGAGAGGCUCAAGGCCAUUCCCCAGUUUUGUUUCCCUGAUGCCAAGGACUGGCUUCCUGUGUCAGAGUAUAGCAGUGAGACUUUCUCUUUCAUGCUGACUGGGGAAGAUGGCAGCAGACGCUUUGGCUACUGCAGGCGCUUACUGCCAAGUGGGAAAGGGCCUCGGCUGCCAGAGGUAUACUGUGUCAUCAGCCGCCUUGGCUGCUUCGGCUUGUUUUCCAAGGUCCUCGAUGAGGUGGAGCGCCGGCGUGGGAUCUCUGCCGCCUUGGUCUAUCCCUUCAUGAGAAGUCUCAUGGAGUCGCCCUUCCCUGCCCCGGGGAAGACCAUCAAAGUGAAGACAUUUCUUCCAGGUGCUGGCAAUGAGGUGUUAGAGCUGCGGCGGCCCAUGGACUCCCGGCUGGAGCAUGUGGACUUUGAGUGCCUCUUUACCUGUCUCAGUGUGCGCCAGCUCAUCCGAAUCUUUGCAUCGCUGCUGCUGGAGCGUCGGGUCAUUUUUGUGGCAGAUAAGCUCAGUACCCUCUCCAGCUGCUCCCAUGCUGUGGUGGCCUUGCUCUACCCCUUCUCCUGGCAGCACACCUUCAUUCCUGUCCUUCCGGCCUCCAUGAUUGACAUCGUCUGCUGUCCCACACCCUUCCUGGUUGGCCUGCUCUCCAGUUCCCUCCCCAAACUAAAGGAGCUGCCUGUGGAGGAGGCACUGAUGGUGAAUCUGGGAUCUGACCGAUUCAUCCGACAGAUGGAUGAUGAGGACACGCUGUUACCGAGGAAGUUACAGGCGGCUCUGGAGCAGGCUCUAGAGAGGAAGAACGAACUGAUCUCCCAGGACUCUGACAGUGACUCUGAUGAUGAAUGUAAUACCCUCAAUGGGCUGGUGUCAGAGGUGUUUAUCCGGUUCUUUGUGGAGACUGUUGGGCACUACUCCCUCUUCCUGACCCAGAGUGAGAAGGGGGAGAGGGCCUUUCAGCGAGAAGCCUUCCGCAAGUCUGUGGCCUCCAAGAGCAUCCGCCGUUUUCUGGAGGUUUUUAUGGAGUCUCAGAUGUUUGCUGGCUUCAUCCAAGACAGGGAGCUAAGAAAGUGUCGUGCAAAGGGCCUCUUUGAGCAGCGAGUGGAGCAGUAUUUAGAGGAACUCCCAGACACUGAACAGAGUGGGAUGAAUAAGUUUCUCCGAGGUUUGGGCAACAAAAUGAAGUUCCUCCACAAGAAGAAUUAAGCCCCUUUCCCAGUAAGAGUCCAGUGCCUUGCAGAGCCUGGAGCCUGUGGAGGGGGCCAGCUUGGGACCCUCUGGGCCAACUGUGGCUGCUCUGCCCCCACAGACCCCACCUUCCAAGCCAGCCCACCUCUGCCUUCACGAUAUCCCAGGAUACUGUUUGUAAAUAAUCUGCUGUAAGCUUUCUUAUCUCUUUUUGUAACAAGCAAAGAGAAUCUGGUAAAUAUUUGUAUAUUCCCAAGGGGCUGGGUGCUGGUGACUAGCCAAUUAUGUGCAGCUGACUGUCUCAGCCGAACCACUGAUCUUUCCCUGGAGGCUCCUGGCCUGCCUGCCUGAGGUCCCUGCUGCCAGUCUUGGGCCCUGGAGUGCAGAUGCUGUCUUGUUCUGUACAGGACUUUUUUUUUUUUUUUUUUUAAUCUUAGAGUUUCUAUUUUUUUCUAGUAGUCCCCUCCCCUGACCCUCUGUUUUUGAAAGGCAAAGUCCAAUCAAUCCCCAUUUGCAGUAUGGUACCAGGCUCUCAGGUCUGGCCUUCUCUUGUUCCUCCUACCUUUGUGAUGGUCAGUGAGUCAUGGGAAGCCCACCCCUCCACCCCCCAGCUGUGCCAGUGAUCUCUGGGCCCAGCUCCCAGUCCGUGGUGGCCAUGAUGCGGUACAGGGCAUCCCUCCUUCCCACCAUCUACGGGUGUUCUCAAUAAACAGUGUACAGUUGUUUGGGCCCGGA